GCCCCUCCCAGCUAGAGCCCGGAUCGGGCCCCCGGGGGCUGCCCCUUGUCCUGUCCCCCCGCCCGGUUCCCACGCCCAGGAAUGCCGGGUAUUUCCGGCCGCAGCCCCCUCCUCUCCCCCCGCCCCCAGCCCCACAGACAGCGGCGGGGCGUGGGGAGGGAACACGGGCCCGGGCCGAUCGUCCAGCAGGGGGCAGCGAAGGCACGUGGGGGGCAUGUCUGGGGGGGGGUGUCCGUGCUCGGGACGCCUGGGUCGUGUGUGUGCGUGUGUGCCUGGGUCCUUUGUAUGUGUGUGUCUGUCUGUGUGUCCCGGACGCCCGGGUCCCGUGUGCGUGUGCAGGACCCUCCCGGUCCCCGGGGCCGGGCCGGGCCGGGCCCGCGGCAUGUGAGCCGGCAGCGCCUGCCAACGACACACCCACCGCGGCUGGCCCCGGCCCCGGCACUGCCCAGCCCAGCUGGCGGGUGGAGGCCCCGAGUCCUCUCCAGCAUUGGGAGGGGCCCGGGGGAUGAGAGCAGGGGGGCAGAGAGCCCCGGACGCCUGGGUCCCCCCCCCCACCCAAGGGAGAAGAGAACCUAGGGGGGUGACAGCUAGGAGCCUGGACGCCUGGGUUCCCUCCCUGCUUUGGGAGGGGAGCAGGGUCUGGCUGUGAGGGACUUAGAGCAGCGGGACCCUGAGAUCCCAGAUGCCUGGGUCCCUCCCUGCUUUGGGAAGAGAAGAGGGGUGGGGGGUGGAGCUUAGAGCAGGGGCGCCUGGAGGCCUGGGUUUUCUCCCCACCGUGGGAAGGGAGUUGGGGGGCUGGGACCCUGGAUGCCUGGGUUCCCUCCCUGCUUUGGGAGGUGACGGGGGGGUUCCAUCAGCCCAGACUCACGGGUCCCCCCCACCCCUUCUUCUCCCAGCCCAGCCAGCUCCCCCAUCCCCCGCAUCCCUGCCUGCCUCCACCCCCCCUCCCCCUGUCCAAGGAGGCUGGGCCCAGCUCCCCGCCCCCCCUCCCCGUCCCUCCCUCCCUGCCCCGACUGUAGCCGGGCGGCCUCGGCCGAGGGGAGCUCAGAGUGAGUGCCGGGGCCCCUCCGCCAUGCGCCUCCUUCUCCUCUUCGUCUUGUGCCUGCCCCUGCCAGGCCUGGUGCCGGCCCAGCCUUCAGCUGCCCGCUGCAGCCCUGGGGGCUGUGUGGCCCUGUUUCCCCAGCCCCGGCCCUUCCUGGAGGCCUGGCGCAGCUGUCGGGACCGUGGCGGGGACCUGGCCACCCUCAAACACCCUGAAGAGGCGGCCGAUGUGGCCCAGCUGCUAGAUGAGGCACCGCGCCCAUCGCCGGGACCCCGGCGCUACUGGAUUGGGCUCCAGCGCCAGCCCCGGCAGUGCCAGCCCCGGCGCCCGCUGCGCGGAUACACCUGGACCACAGGAGAGCAGGACACGGCCUACACCAACUGGGCCCGGGAGGAGGCGCCAGCCAGCUGCAGCCUGGCGCGCUGCGUGGCCCUGAGCCACAUCGCUGGUGCCCACCAGCCACCGGCCUGGCUGGACGGAGCCUGCACGGCACCCGCUGAUGGCUACGUGUGCCGCUUUGCCCACACUCGCGCCUGCCCCAGCCUGGGCGCCGCCAGCUACGCCACGCCCUUCGGCACCGUGCCGGGCCCGCUCAGCCAUGUGCCCUUUGGUACGGUGGCAGCCAUGAGCUGUGGGGCCAGCACGCCCGCCUCGGCCCUGUGCCGCUACCGCGAGGACGGCACUGUGGGCUGGAGUCCACCAGGGCCCCCGUGCGAGGAGGAAGCAGCAUCACACGAGGGCUGGUGCGAGGGUGAUAAUGGCGGCUGCCAGGAGCUGUGCAUGGACACGGGGCCCAGCCACACCUGCGCCUGCCACAGCGGCAGGGCCCUGCUGGCAGACGGGCGGUCCUGUGGGCCAGCACCACCCUGCCGUGAGCACCCCUGCGAGUAUGCCUGUGCAUCUGAGGGCACUGGUUACCGCUGCCUAUGCCCUGCUGGGCACCGUCUGGCACGUGAUGGGCACUCGUGUGAGGACGUGGAUGAGUGUGCUGAGGCAGGCGGGGCCCCAUGUGAGCAGCUGUGUGAGAAUGCACCAGGCGGGUACCGGUGCCGCUGCCGUCUGGGCUACGCUGGCGAUGGGGCAGGGGGCUGCGGCGAUGUGGACGAGUGUGAGUUGCCCGGCGUCUGCCACCAGAUGUGUGUCAACUACGAGGGUGGCUUCGAGUGCUUCUGCGCUGAAGGCUAUGAGCUGCAGGCCGAUGGUGUUAGCUGUGCCCCACUUGGUGCUGCCCCAGGGCCUCCCUUCGCCUGGCCCCGGCCCCCAGAAGAGGAGGAAGAGGAGGAGGAGGAGGAGGAGGAGGAAGACCUGGCCUACAGCUGGACCCCCGGUGGGACACCCCAGGCCCGGCCUGGCACAGCUAGAGCCCCCCGAGCACCUCCCACCCCACCCGCAGCUGCCUGGGUUCCCCUGCUCAGGUCUCCUUACCCCCAUGGUACUGGGGACACCUGGGUUCCCCAUGGAGUUGAGCAUGCUUGGGUUCCCCCCGGCCAGCCACACCUUGCUGAGGAUAUCUGGGUUCCCCCCGGCCGGCCCCAGAGAGCAGAGGACACCUGGGUUCCCCCCAGCCGGCCCCACGGAGCUGAGGGUGCCUGGGUUCUCCCUGUCGAGCCCCAUGGAGCUGAGGACUCCUGGGUUCCCCCCCACCAGGCCCACGGAGCCGAGGACUCCUGGGUUUUCCCCAGUGACUCCCCCCAAGCCCAGUCCCCGCUACUCCCCAACCCUGCCCACAGAGCCAGGGACACCUGGGUUCUCCCUGCCCAGCCCCCCACCCCACACGGGGUCGGGGGGGCCUGGCUUCCCCUCACCAGGCCCCCCACAUCCCACAGAACCAGGGAUGCCUGGGUUCUCCCUGCCCAGUCCCACCCCUCUCAGGACACCUGGGUUCCAGUGAUCAGGUCUUCAGACCCCCAGGGCGUUGAGGACACCUGGGUCCCCCUCACCCCCAGGCCCAGAAUCCAGACCCCCUCACUCCCUGACCCCCCACACAGGGCCAGGGACACCUGGGUUCUCCCCACCCGUCCCCCCAGAGCCAGGGGCCCCCCACUCCCCCACAGCCCCCCUGAGGGCCAGGAUGCCUGGGUUCCCCUGACCAGAGCCCCCACCCCCCACAGAGCCAGGGGUGCCGGGGUCCCCCCCACCCCCCGCGGAGCCCAGGACACCUGGGUUCUCCCCACCCGCCCUGCCAGAGUCAGGGCACCCCUGGUCUCCUCCACCUCCCACCAAGCCCGGGAUGCCUGGGUCCCCUCUUCCAGCCCCCCCACCCCCCACAGAAACCCUCCAUCUAGGGCCCGAGAUGCCUGGGUCCCCUCGUCCAGCCCCCCCACCUCCUCCAGAGCUUCCCCUUCCAGGCCCCCCAGAGCCCAGGACACCCGGGUCCCCUUUUCUGGCCACUCCAGAGCCGGGGGUGCCUCCAUUCCCCCUUCCAGCCCCACCACUCCCCCUAGGACCCGGGACCCCUGGGUUCCCACUUCCAGGCCCCCGGCCAGAGCCCGGGACGCCUGGGUUUCCCCUUCCAGCCCCCCCAGAGCCCGGGACGCCUGGGUUCCCGCCAGCCACCCCGCCACUGUCCGGGCCCGCCGGGUACCCCCCACCAGCGCCCCCGCGCUCCCUCCGUCCCCCCGCCCCACGGCCCCGGACGCGGAGGAUCCCCGCAGCCCGUCGCCGGCGGACCCCGAGGGCGCCCCCCCGCGGCUGGCCGAGGAGGGACCGGGAUCGGGAUCGGGAUCGGGGCCGGGCGGGCGGCGCUGGGUGCUGCUGGCGCUGCUGCUGCCCCUCGCCGUCUUCCUGGUGCUGAUGGUGGCGCUGGGGCUGGUACUCUGCACCCGCUGCCCCCCCGGGCCCGGCCCGCGCCCCCGCUCUCCCCUCUGCUCCCGCUGGGGCGCCGGCCCCAAGGGCUCCCCCCGCCCCCCUGCCCCCGCCACCAGCCUCUGAGCCACCUGGAGCCCCGGCCGCCCCGACCCCCCAGGCUGGGACCCUCCGAUCUCCCCACCCACCUUUGACCCCCCAGCCUGGCUGGGACCUCCCGGGCUCCCACGCAACUACACCCCACCUGAGCUCCCCGCCCGGCUGGGUCCCCCCUGGAGCCCCCCGCCACAUCUGGCUGGGACCCCCUGAUCUCCCCCGGGCUCCCCCUUGAGCUCCCAGCCGUGUCUGCCCACCCCCCGGGUGAAUGGGGGGCUACGGGGUGGCAGAAAGGGGCCCAGAGCGCCCCCCCAUGGGACCCACGCAGGGACACGGACACGACCCCGUCCCACAGAGCUGCUGCAGAAAGAGCAAGGACCCCCCCCGGGGGGGUGCGGCGGGGGUAAAUGGACUCUGGCAGGCUGGACGGACCCCCCCCCCCGCAUGAAUGGCCUCUUCCAGGAUGGUCAAAGCCCCCCCAGGGGUGAACACCCCCCGGGGCAAAAUGGACUCUCCCUGCAGUGAAUGGACUCUCCCGUGGGAGCGAAAGCUUCCCCCCCGGGCAGAAUGGACUCUCCUAGGGGUGAAUGCCCCCGCGAUGGGGCAGAAUGGACUCUCCCAGGGGGUAAGAGCCCCCUCGCUGGGGUGAAUGGAGUGUCCCAAGCGAGUGAUUGCCCCCCACCCCCACCCCCGGGCAGAAUGGAGUCUCCUAGGGGAGGUGAGCCCCCCCACGAAGUGAAUCGACCCCCCCUCCCCCCCGUUGGACAGAAUGGACUCGUCCCAGGGGGUCUCCCACAGUAGAAGUGAGCACCCCGCUCCGGAUUGGAAUGGACUCUCCCGGGGAGGGGAUGAAGCCCCCCCCCAUGUGAAUGGACCCCCCCCGGGGCAGCAUGGACUCGUCCAGGCGCUGGGGGGCGUCUGUGUAAUAAAGGGACCUUCACGCA